UUGCGCAAGUCUAUGCGGAAGUUUACGUGAAUCAACUGUGGAUCAAAACACUUCAAGCUAAAUUUGAGAUUCAGGCGUGACACCCGUUAGUCAUGGGGCUAUUCGGCAAAACUCCAGAGAAGUCACCAAAGGAAUUGGUUCAGGAAUGGAAUAGUAAACUGAGAAAGGAAGGACACAACAUUGACAGAAGUAUAAAAAGUAUACAGAGAGAAGAGGCUAAAGUUACUCGGGAGAUCAAGGCAUUGGCAAAGAAAGGGGAUAAAGAUGCCAUCAAGAUUCUAGCCAAAGAGGUUGUGAGGUCACGGAAGGCUGUGAACCGACUUUAUUCGUCCAAAGCUCAGCUCAACUCUGUGUCCAUGCAAUUAAAGAAUCAAGCAGCUAUGGUGAGGAUGACCGGGGCACUGCAGAAGAGUGGGGAGGUGUUGAAGAGCAUGCAGGAGUUAGUGAAGGUAUCCGACAUCAGUAAUACCAUGAGAGAAAUGUCCAAGGAAAUGAUGAAGGCUGGUAUCAUGGAGGAAAUGAUGGAAGAUGCUUUUGAGAGUAUGGAUGACCAAGAUGAAUUAGAAGAAGAGGCCGAUACUGAAGUUGAGAAGGUCCUAUUUGAAUUGACCGCAGGUACUCUGGGUAAAGCUCCAGAAGCUGUUAAUGACUCGCUUCCCGUGCAUGAGGAUGAAAAGAAAAUGGAGGCUGCAGCUAAUUACUCCAGUGAUGAGGAGGAAGAUCUUAAGGGUCGACUGGAAGCUUUGAGAAGUUGAUCAACUCCAUACCUCUAUUAACAACAUCAUCAUUCAUUGUCAUGUGUGAGCUUGAAAGUGCUGGACACUAAAUAUGGUGCAUCAGAAAUUCCGCACAACUUAUUUCCCAAAAGAACACCAUUAUUUAGUAACUUUCACUUAACAUGGAUGUUUUGAAAACAAUUAUUGAAAUAGGUUCACUUUUCUAAGUGAAUUUGAUCUUUUAAAUCUAUACAUGUACAACACGUCCAAGACCUGAACAAAUUAUGUAACAAGUGUUUAUCACAUUAGUGUCUUUUUCUAGUCUAACAUAUUUGGCAUAUAGAUAUUGAAGGUUACUGGUGAUUCUAUAAAUAGACAAAAGAUACAUAAAAAUGUACUGUUCAUGUAUUAUGUAACUCAGAAGUUCUAAUAAGUUUAGUUUUUUUCCAAAUAACUUGUGAAGAUAAUUUACAAAUUACAAAGUCUUCAAAAUUUGUUAAUUUAUUGCAUGAAAGAGUGUGAAAGAGAUGUGUAAGUAUAGUUUAAUAUGUACAUUCUAUAUCAUUUUGUGGCUGAAAAAGAGGCACCUGUUAGUUUUCUGUUCCUCCAAUAAUUAAGGUAUAGAGGGUAAAAGGCUCAGUAGUAACCACUUUAAAAGUUUUAGAUGAUAAAAACUAUACAAAUUCUAAAUAGAAUAAUAACUCAGGAUGUAAUACAUGAUUACAAAACCUAGAUUGAUGAUACUGUAAAGUAGUUCAUUGUAAUUCUGUUUAUAUUCUAUUGCUUUAUUGUUCAGAUUUGUAAUACAUAAAGUAUUGGUAUACUUUCAGUGUCAUUCUGAUUGUGUGAUUUUAUUCUAAUACUAUACAAAGUAAAAUUUAAUCUUAUUGUAGACUGGGUCUGUUAUUAAGGAUUGAUAUUGUUGAGUAUAAAGGAUUUGGUUGAUAUAGUAACAGAUAGGGCUAUGGUUUGGACUGUUUUACGAGUAGGAUGUUCUACCUGUACUAGUGUUAAUACCAGGAUGUAGACUAUUUUGUGACGUCUAUUGUCCAACAUUGUAUCUCUUUAUCACCUAUGUACACACAGCAUUCAGCAAGUACAUGUACAGAUCUCUAUGACAUGACAUGACUUUUACACUAGAAAAGUAAUCAAAUAUUUUUCAGGAAAUAGUGGGUUUUUUUGUGUUAGUUCACAGGGAGUUUUUUUGUGUUAGUUCACAGGGAUCAUCAUGAUUUAAAAUGGAUUGUGAAUGGAAUGUUCGAAUACAAAUUUACAAGGAAGAUGUAGUAGCUGUUGGUUCUAUUCAAAUCCCCUCAAAUUCAUUGAUAGGAGUAUAAUCCUGUAUUUACCGGUAUGUGUUGAUGAAAAGAAAGUAAUGAUUCUUAAUACUCUGGUAUUAAACACAAAUAACCCUGCAAAACAAAUAGAUAUUAAGGUAAAAUAGAGUCAGGACAAUUUUAUGAUACAGUAUGUUAGACAGAUGUAUCCCUGUGAUGUACAUACCGAAGUACAGCAGAUCUAAAUGGGAUUUUGAAUGUUCACAUUCAUAGAAGAGUAAUUUGUUUUUAUAUACAUAACAUUUAAUUCUCUAGUUAAGUUCUAAACUCCAGAAAAGAAAUUUUAAAUUCUGUCCAAUAAAUGCUGCACAUGUCUUCGCAAUUAUUUUAUGUUUAUUUAAAAAUUGUGAAUGAACAUGCAGUCAGUUUGCAUUGCACAUGAGGAAUAUCCAAUGAGAGAUGAAUGGGUUUAUUACUCAAGUAUAACCUACAUGCUCCAAAAAAAAAAAAAAUUGCUGAACAGACAUCCAAAGACGCAAAUAAAACGGGUACAACAAAUAUGCAACCAAACCAUUUAUGGUAGGGUAGAUUUUGUAAUUGUAUAGUAUUGAAUUCAUUUUCACAUACAUGUAGGUCCAUUUUAUUUCUCUCUCAGUGCUUUAAGUAUUGACAAUGAUAUCUAAAGUAGAUUCCCUAAUUCUAGCAAGGAUUAAUUUCAAUUGAUUUUGUUAAAUUUAAUUUUGUUAAAUUGAACAUAAAUGUUACAGAAUAUUUAACAGAAAACUGUAGAUUUCAUUGUAAAUGAUUACUAACUGUAUCAUAAUAUCAUGUACAUAUAAAAUACAUUAACAUGUACAUAAUGGUGUAAAUAAAUUUGUAUGUAGAC